CUCUGGAGGCGGCGGGCUCUCGCUUGGCCCAGAACAGCGGAGGAGCUAACCCAGCAUGUCCGGGACCCGAGCCUCCAACGACCGGCCCCCCGGCACAGGCGGAGUCAAGAGGGGGCGGCUGCAGCAGGAGGCGGCGGCGACAGGCUCCCGCGUGACCGUGGUGCUGGGCGCGCAGUGGGGGGACGAGGGCAAAGGCAAGGUGGUGGACCUGCUGGCCACGGACGCCGACAUCGUCAGUCGCUGCCAGGGGGGCAACAAUGCCGGGCACACAGUUGUGGUGGAUGGCAAGGAGUAUGACUUCCACCUGUUACCCAGCGGCAUCAUCAACACCAAGGCCGUGUCGUUCAUUGGCAAUGGUGUGGUCAUCCACUUGCCAGGCUUGUUUGAAGAGGCAGAGAAGAACGAGAAGAAAGGCCUGAAGGACUGGGAGAAGCGACUCAUCAUCUCUGACCGGGCUCACCUUGAAAGUGAGGUCCCUCACAAACCUCUGUCCUCUGCUCCUCUCCUGCCCGUGUUGCUUCGGGCGACAGUGUUCGACUUCCACCAGGCAGUGGACGGGCUGCAGGAAGUGCAACGGCAAGCACAAGAGGGGAAGAAUAUCGGCACCACCAAGAAGGGAAUCGGACCAACUUACUCCUCCAAGGCUGCCCGGACGGGCCUCCGCAUCUGUGACCUCCUGUCGGAUUUUGAUGAGUUUUCUGCUAGAUUCAAGAACCUGGCCCACCAGCACCAGUCUAUGUUCCCCACCCUGGAAAUAGAUGUGGAAGGUCAACUCAAAAGGCUCAAGGGUUUUGCUGAGCGGAUCAGACCCAUGGUUCGGGACGGUGUCUACUUCAUGUAUGAGGCACUCCAUGGUCCCCCCAAGAAGAUCCUGGUGGAAGGCGCCAACGCUGCCCUGCUUGACAUUGACUUCGGGACCUACCCUUUUGUGACUUCUUCCAACUGCACUGUGGGUGGCGUGUGCACAGGCCUGGGCAUCCCGCCCCAGAACAUAGGUGAUGUGUAUGGUGUGGUAAAGGCCUACACCACCCGCGUGGGCAUUGGCGCCUUCCCCACGGAGCAGAUCAACGAAAUUGGAGAUCUGCUGCAGAACCGUGGCCAUGAGUGGGGCGUGACCACGGGCAGGAAGAGGCGCUGCGGUUGGCUGGACCUGAUGAUCCUCCGAUACGCUCACAUGGUCAACGGCUUCACUGCGCUGGCGUUGACCAAGCUGGACAUACUGGAUGUCCUGAGCGAGAUUAAAGUUGGUAUCUCCUACAAGCUCAACGGGAAGAGGAUCCCCUACUUCCCUGCUAACCAGGAGAUAUUGCAGAAGGUGGAGGUGGAGUACGAAACACUCCCUGGGUGGAAGGCUGACACCACGGGGGCCAGGAAGUGGGAGGACCUGCCCCCGCAGGCCCAGAGCUAUGUGCGGUUCGUGGAGAAUCACUUGGGUGUUGCAGUCAAAUGGGUUGGCGUUGGAAAGUCCAGAGAGUCCAUGAUCCAGCUGUUUUAGAGGCCAAGCAGAAGCCGCCAGGCCACACCGCGGUGUACCACCAUGAGUGAGAGCCGCAGCCCAGACCCUCAGCAGUGCCACCAACGUCUCCAACAAAACAACCUGAAAUUAUUUUCUAUACCUUUAUUUUUCUAUGUACGUUUUCAGCUUGGCCCUCUGAAUUCUACAACAAUUUUAGAUGGGUGAAAUCAACACUGGGUACAUUUUUAAAAAUUCUGCUUUUGAAACGAGCCCAAGUGCUCAAAACGGAGGCCUUCGAUGACUGACUGUCCCGUGGUGUGUGUUCAGUUGGAGCCAUGAUGCAAUAAACAUCCAGGAGUCAGUGAGCCACGGAGAGGUCAUUA